AAGUACGUUUCGUACGUACUGCACGGGCGCGGUCCGUCGAUCGGCCGGUCCGCCGCUCGCGCGGGGCGGCGGAGGCGACGAAACUCCGUGGUCCAUCCCGCCCAACCAUCCACUGUCCAUUCCCUCUGAUCCAUGCCGAGACGAGCAGAGCAGCGCACGGCAACGCGAGGCAGCACGUGCAGCCACUGCGCGGUGCUCAACAUGGCCGCGCACCCCGCUUGUCCCCCGGAUCUUGCCUCCAGCCCCUCCCUCCAAGCACCUCUCAUCAUCAAGCCGCUGUUCUGCGCACCUCCUACUCCCCCUACUCGUCGUCGCCAUAAUACACACACACACAUGUUCCCCACACCGCGCCAUGAUUGAGCUGCUGCGAACUAGCUCCUUUAUCCUCUGAACAUGAACAUUGUGCCUGUUGGCAAUCUGCUGCAGCGCCUUCACAUAAGCGUACUCGCGCGUACAGAUCUGCCGGCCUGUUGAUUUCGGCCUUGCCAGUUCUAGCGUUGUCCCUCUGGGUAUCUGUCCCUUUCUGUGGCCUGUGCUUGUGCCGUGCUCUGUAUGGGUUCUUGGGUGCGCACCAUCACAACGCCGUUCCGGAAAGCCUGCACCAUCUUCGGCCCCCCGAGGGACGGCAAGAAGCCGCACCAUCCAAACUCAGCGAUGGUGCAGCACGUCGACGCCGAGAGGGCCAAGCUGCACGGGGAGGUGAUGGCGUGCGCGUACGAGGACGUGCAGGUCAUGUGGUCCAUGCUCGACCAGGCAAGAAUCCAGGAGCUCAGCGGCAGCUCAUGACCGCCACCAAUCGUCUGUUCAUGCAUGGAGUACAUAGCAAAAUCUCUUCCCCUCACCAAUCAUUCCCGGCCCACUUGCUGUCUUGGGGUUCGAAGCAGAUCGAGCC